UAUAGGAGCAAUUAAAUUAUUUUUUAAAAUCUUUUUUUCUGACUUAACCAGGAGGAAGACCUGAUAGUGCAGGCGAGCGCCGACACCAGCCCCUGCCACUACCAGCGUCACCUAAAGAGACUGGCACCAACACUAGCCAGAACGAGGGCUCAGUAAAGGAACUGAGCCAAGAGGAUAAGAAAGACCUGAAGGAGGAAUCUGGCACUACCACCUGCCGGCCCGAGAUCUCCCGAAGAAAGCGAGUGGAACCUCCGACCAACGAGGGGAAUAACACCAUCUGACUGGCUGAGAAAUACCCAGAGCCCGGGAGAUAUUUCAAAUUGGGCGAACAAAUUGGAGAGGACCCCAAUGGAGUGAUUUACAAUGGAUGGCACCGAAGCAGACGAGUGGAGGUGGCCAUUGUAAUCAUAAAAGAUCAAGAGAAGCAAAAAGGAAUACAAAAAGAAGUUGAAGUCCUUGAAAUGGUGUCAGGCCAUGAAAACAUCGUGGAUUUCUAUGGGGCUUAUUACCAUCAGGCCCCACGGACACCAUCACUCCCUGAAGGACUAUGGAUUGCUACUGAGUUCAUCACUGGUGCCACUCUACAAGACCUCAUUGGCACCAGAAAGACCUUAGGAGAAAGGUGGAUCUCCUACAUCUGCAAACAAAUAAUCACGGGCCUUUUCCACAUGCAAAAAAAGAAUGUCAUCCACCAUGACAUUAAGCCCGGAAACAUCCUAAUCACCUCUUUAGGAGAGGUGAAGAUUGGUGAAUUUGGAUUUGCCACAUUUGGAGGAAAGAGCAGCAGUACUUUUGGGACUAUAACAUACUCGGCCCCAGAAGUACUGGCUAAUUUUGCCAGCAACAAGCUCGAGUAUGACCAUAAGGAGCGACGAUUUCCGUUUCUUCAUUUCCGAGUACCUGCAGAGAGACCCAUCCAGAAGACCGCCUGCAAGGCAACUUCUGUCGCACCCCUUCAUUGGAGAGAUCUGGGGUGAAAGGGGUGUGCAGAAGAACAUUGCCCAACAGCUGCACAGAGGAAUGAAGCACUAAAAGAACAGAAGAAGGCAGCCAUCGGGGGAGGGUUUGGGGCAUAAAUAAGGGGGCCUAUUUAACAUCCUUGGGCCCCCCACAUAACAUCGUGGUCCCGAUGGCAGCCCUCUAUGUUCUCUUCUUCAUGGACAACAGCAUCUUCUAACAACUGCAUCUGAGAAAUCUUUAUUGUGUACUGAUUUAUACAAUAAAUAUUCCAUCUUUAGAUUAUAUCAA